AUCAACAAACAAAAUCAAAACCCACAUCGCCAAAAAGCAAAGUUUUUAACAACAUUUUACACUAAUUAGAAUAUUAUGCUAGAAAUGAACAAGGGGUCGCAGGGUGACUCGCCGUUGUCUCGCGCCGGCGGGGGGGACAUCUCCGAGAGGGAACUGAGCAGGGAGAGGUACACCCUGCAGUACACGCCACCGAAUCGCGUGCAGCCAGCCCACCCCAAGAAGCAGCUGCUAUCUGCUCCAGUGAACAAGUUCACGGCGUCCCGGCGCGGCCCGGCGGCCAGCCUCCAGCGCAUCAAGACGUGUCUGGACGAGUGUCGGCUGCAGAGCACGCCCCCGCGCCGCCCCAUCGGACCCAAGGCCGUGUCUAUGGAGGACCUCACGCCAGGGAAGAAGAUUAAGAUGGACAGAAGCGAUCAUCUCGAGACUGUCCGCUCCCCCCUGGGCUCCAGCGUGGAGCGCGCGGCGGCGGCGCGCAUCGGCCGCUUCAUGCUGGCGGCGGCGUGGCGGCGCCGGCGCCGGGAGGUGCAGUGCUUGAAGAAGACGCUUGAGUGCCAGGUGUCGGGCUCGGAGCGCCUCCGUCGGCAGGUGCACACGCUGCGCGCGCUGCUCGACUCGGACUGCGGCAAGCUGCGGCGCGCGCUGCACGAGCUGCAGCGGCUCAAGCAGCUGCUGGCGGAGAAGGAGGCUGAGAGACUGCUGCUGCAGCGGGAAAAAUUGGCUCUAGAAGGAGAUGUUUGCGCGGCGGAGGACCGCGCCUCUGAAAUGAGUAUUGGUUGGCACAACUGCCGCAACGAGCUGGAGCUGGCUCGCGCGGCGGCGGCGGGCGGCGAGCGCGCGCUGGCGCAGGAGCGCGCCGCCGCCGCCGAGGCCAGGCAGCAGCGCGACCAUGCUUAUUCCAGGCUGUCGCUGCUAGAAGGCGCGUUGUCUCAGCACGAGGCUCUGCUGGCCGCGGCCGAGGCGGAGGCGGCGGCGCUGAGGCGCGAGGCAGAGGAGCGGCAGAGCGCUUUGGAUGAUAGAGAGGAGAGGCUGAAGGCCGAGAUUGAAGCCCGCGAGCGUUCGUCCCGCGAGUGCGCUCUCCUCAACCUGCGCAUGACGACGGCCGCGGACGAGACCCGCGCGCUGAAGAGUCUGCUGCUGCAGCUGCAGGGGGAGCUGGCGCGGCUGGGCGCCGAGCUGGAUGCUACUAGAGAGCGGCUGGACUGGUGGCCCAGGCCGCUCGUCAGGAUGCUGGGAGCGGCGCGCUCAUGGCUGUACAACCCGAAGUCAAUCCCCGAGGCCGUGGUGUGGUCGCUGGUGCCGGCCAGACACGGCUGCUGAACACUUAGCUAUCUUAGGACUCAGUAUUCAGUAAAGAAAAUAGUUGUGUUCAUAGCGGAUCAGGAAGGUAGGUAUUAUUAAAUAUCUUUUUUCUAAACUUACUUUUACAUAGGAUAUUUAUAAGCAAUUUAUAUUUAGUUUUAUUUCUAAGGUAGUUUUAACUGGUGAGUAACUAAUAAAAGAGGUGUUAAAUUA